UUGCAUCCAUCACUGGACGGACACAAGGGGCCAGAGCUCUUGCAAGCUGAGAAAGAUGGCCCCUUCAGCCAAGGGGGUUGAUAUCCCUGGGAAUUGAACAUAGGUGAGAAACCUGCUUAGGCAAAGAUCUUUCAUCUAGGAAGACAAGGGACACCAGCCUCUUGUACUUCUGUGGAAGGUCCUGACAGAGAGAGAGAGAGUCAGCCAUGGCUGGAAAGAAAAAGAUUGGCUGGCCCGCCUGGUGCUGCCCAUGCUGAGACUGCUUGGAGAGGUGGAUGGAGCCGUUUAACACCUCACACUCCAAUGGGACGGAACUCUUUAUACCGGAAUCAUGGCGGGCAGCCUUCCUGAUCGGCACGCUGGGCAUCGGGCUGCCAGCCAACGCCUUCAUCAUCUGGCUGACAGGGUGGCGGCUGCAGCGCCAGGGCCUGUCCGUCUUCAUCCUAAGCCUUGCCACCUCUGACUUCCUCUUCCUCUCCAUCACAGUCAUGCAGAUCAUGGAGACCCUGCUGGACGACAGCUGGGUGCUGGGCGCCCCCAUGUGCCGCCUGCGCCACUUCCUCUAUGACUUGAGCUACCACUGCAGCCUCUUCCUGCUGGCCACCCUCAGUGUGGACCGCUGCCUGCUGGUGCUGCUGCCCCUCUGGUACCGCUGCCACCGCCCCCUGCGUCUCUCCAGCUACAUCUGCCUUGGUGCCUGGCUGGUGGCCGCCCUGCUCAGCAUCAAGGGCUUUAUCUUUGCCGACGUCAUCCUGUGGUCGGACGGCACGCUCAUCUGCACCAACAUCCGAGGCAAAUACGAGUGGCCCCUGCGCCUGCUGGAGGUGCUGCUAGAGGGACUCUUCCCCUUCAUCAUCAUGGUGAUCACCCAUGCUGCCACCUUGGCCCGCACCUUCCGGCGCCACACUCGGCCCCCCAGCCAGUUCUACCGCAUCGUGGCCGCCACCCUGUCAGCCUAUGUGCUGCUCAACCUCCCUUUCCAGAUCAUCCAGCUGCUCUUCUUGGCCUCCUUGGAGCACAAGGAGUUCAACAAUCGCAUCUUCCCCUUCAUGGUCUACUUCAGCUACCUGAUCAACCUCAACAGCAGCAUCAACCCUCUCAUCUACAUCUUCUUCGGCUCCAACGUCUGCAUGGGCUGCAGCUGCCACACAGCCUCCUCCCUUGCCACGACCCUCACCAAGGAGGAAGGGAAGAGUGCUGGGGACACACCCAGCAAGUCCUUCUCAGCUUAGCCUUGUCAGCAAGACUCUCCCUCCAUGGCCCAGCCCCUGCUCUGGCACAGCUCCAGUCAUCAGUUGAGUGGUCACUGGCUCCCCUGACAGGGCCUGGCCACAAGGAGGGGGCUCUGUGCACAAUUGUAGGUUUACUGCAUCCAAUGAAGUGAGCUGUAGCUCACGAAAGCUUAUGCUCAAAUAAAUUUGUUAGUCUCUAAGGUG